CACGGCCCAGCCCGGGUGCUGCUUAAAGCCCUCGCCCGCCCGGCCCUCGCCCAGUCCCUGCCCAGUCCCUGCCCGGGGGCAGCAGCGCCGCGUCCCGUCCCGUCCCGCCCCGCCGGCAGCUCCUGUCCGAGCAGAGGCCAUGUCGGACGCAGAAGAGGCGGCGGAAGAGUACGAGGGGGAGCAGGAAGAAGAGGCUGUGGAAGAGCAGGAGGAGGCCGCGGAAGAGGAGGUGGCGGAAGAGGAGGCCGAGGGCGAGGCGGAGCCUGAGGAGACCCCGGCAGACGAAGACGGACAGGAAGAGGAAGUUAAAGAGGCCGAAGAUGGCCCUGUGGAGGAGUCCAAGCCCAAGCCCAGGCCCUUCUUGCCCAACCUGGUGCCGCCCAAGAUCCCCGACGGAGAGAGGCUGGACUUCGACGACAUCCACCGGAAGCGCCUGGAGAAGGACCUGAACGAGCUGCAGGCGCUGAUCGAGGCGCACUUCGAGAACCGCAAGAAGGAGGAGGAGGAGCUCCUCUCCCUCAAGGACCGGAUUGAGAAGCGGCGGGCGGAGCGGGCGGAGCAGCAUCGCAUCCGGAGCGAGCGGGAGAAGGAGCGGCAGACCCGCCUGGCGGAGGAGCGGGCUCGUCGGGAGGAGGAGGAGAGCCGGCGGCGGGCGGAGGACGAGGCGCGCAAGAAGAAGGCCCUGUCCAACAUGAUGCACUUCGGGGGCUACAUCCAGAAGGCGCAGACGGAGCGGAGAAGUGGGAAGAGGCAGACGGAGCGGGAAAAGAAGAAGAAGAUUCUGGCAGAGAGGAGGAAGGUGCUGGCCAUCGACCACCUGAAUGAAGACCAGCUCAGGGAGAAGGCCAAGGAGCUGUGGCAGACCAUCUACAACCUGGAGGCCGAGAAGUUUGACCUGCAGGAGAAGUUCAAGCAGCAGAAAUACGAGAUCAAUGUCCUCCGGAACAGAAUCAAUGACAACCAGAAAGUCUCCAAGACCCGCGGGAAGGCCAAGGUGACUGGGCGUUGGAAGUGAAGCCCAGAUUGGCUCCUCGCUGCAUCGGUGCCCUGCAUGCCCCCAGCUGUGCCCCCCCCCCCCCCCCCCCAGCACAGGGGGCAGCUCCUGCUGGGACUCCAGGACGGACCCACCUGGAGCCACCGUGCACGGCUGCCCCCCAUGUCUGCACCAAGCCCUUAAUAAAAGCCACUGCACACCA